AUGCAUGCCCACGUAAUACAUUUGAUUGAAUUAUCUAGUGUACAGUCUGAGGUUGCCAGAGCCAUCCGACUGAAGAAUGAAGCAAAUAAACUCACUGAUCAGUCUGAAUUAUUAGACAAAGAAGCUCUUGAAGCUCAAAGGUAUGCCGUAGUUGCAAGUGAAAUGCUGAAGUCAUUAAAACAACUGUGGGAUGAAAAUAAUAAUAAUGCAGCUACAAAUGUGAAUGAUGAAGACAAUUAUAUCAAGGAGGGAGAUCUAAUAGUGCCGAAAAUAAAUCAUGACUAUUUAUUAGAUGCAGAAAAAAGUAGUGCCAUCAAUAGUGGUGAUCGUAACGUCGACGGAGAUCACAGCAUAGAUAAUCACGGUAGCAACAGCAGAAGAAAUGAAGAAAGAAGAUUGAGUAUGCCAAGCUCUACUAGACAUACAUACAAUUACUUUGACGAUAAUGAUGAUUUUAGUGCGCAGGAUUUAUUGAGAGGUUCCGAUCAAAAUACAAGACAUUUAAGUGAAACAGAACAGUUAACGCUGGAAAAGAUACGUUUAUUUAUUUUGAAGCAAUUGAUACAGCAAAUAAAACAUGAAGGAAAACAAACAGACGAACGAUAUUAUCUUAACCACCACCUGACAAGUGACAAUGAUGAUGGUGUUACCAAUCGUCAUGGUUACCAUCAAUACGACAGUGAUUCUCAGCAUUACAAUAGGAAACAAGAUCAAUAUGAUAGAUUUUCAGGCAUUGAUUUGCAACCUUGGCUAACGUUCAAUAGAAAAGGUUACGGUGAUGAAAUGAAUAAUAGUGAUGAACGAGAUCUGUAUGGAACAGAGUAA